ACAAAAGGACACUUAAGUUAUUCACCCUCGACCAAAACAUUUCAGAAUUCGCCCUCCUUUUGAAAAUGGAACAUCCCUCUCUCUCCCUCCUUCUGAAAAUCGAAACCCUAAACUCUCUGAAUCUCCCUCCUUCUGAAAAUCGAAACCCUCAACUCUCUGAAUCUCCCUCCCAUUUGUUCUCUGUGGUCGUCACCGAGCUCGCCGACACAGGUCACUGUUUGCGACCCAUCUUUAGCCCCUUGGUUGUCGUCGUCUCCGAGCUCUGCCUCCAAUCUCAUAUCUCUAUUACAUAUCUGAAGCACCAUCUCCCCUCGUGCCAUCCACGUAAUGGAACUCGCCGAGAUCGCCAUCUCCCUUGCGCUAUCUAGGUCACCGAGCUCGCCCCAUCCAUCUCAUCGAGCUUGCCAAGCUCGCCAUCUCUCUAGUGGAUGAGAAGCGUGAGAAGAUGCUUCAAAUCUUUUACGACUCUCAAGAUUUCUUCCUUCUAAAGGAGCUUGAGAAGUCAGGCCCAAAGAAAGGUGUUAUUUCUCAAUCUGUAAAAGAUGUGAUCCAAAGUUUAGUGGAUGAUGACCUUGUUUUCAAAGACAAGAUAGGAACCUCUGUAAGUAGAUGUUUCCAUAUACAGCUUUGCAUCGUGGAUGAUGAUCAGUUUAGUUCAGUUAUUAGAGAGCAGAAGCACUUAAUAAUCACUUGGCUGCUGUCCAGCGAGACCAUGAAGUCAGAUCUCAAAUAGAAGAAAGAAAAAUAAGAAUUGAUGGAGCUUAUGAAGAUGCUAAAAGAAAGGAAAAUUCUCUGCAAGAGGAAAAACUUCGACAAGACAAGAACGAGCUAAA